GCAUAUGCUUACUUCGAUAGUGACCUUACGCCGAGUAAGGUACUUACAUUACUAAUGCCAUACUCGGCCUUCACCCAUAAUCAGUUUAAUAUCAAAUUAUUAGUGCGCAUGUAAACGUACUUAGUGAUCGAUUGACCGACAACCAAUUACAAUGUUGUUGAGGGAACAUUGUGUCGAGUGGGCGGAGACAGAGCGACAGACAGACUGCUUCACAAACUCUGCUACUUUCUCACGGUCGCCCUAGUAGGAUAACCUAUUGUCACACUUCUGACCCUCGACAUGUCAAACAACAACGCCAGCAGCAACUUGGUCAUCGCGCAGAGAGUCGUGAAACAGCUGCGGUUGGAAGCCAGUGUCCGGAGGAUCAAGGUGUCUCAGGCUGCAGUCGACCUGAAGAACUUCUGUCUGCAGAACGCUCACAAGGACCCUCUCCUGAUGGGGGUACCCUCCAGUGACAACCCCUUCAGACCCCCCAAGUCCUGCAGCCUGUUCUGAGUCUCUCUCUCUGUCUCUCUCGUUGCAGUAGCAGUCACAGUGUGUGGAGGAGGAGUUCUUGCUGUAUGUCCUAUGGAAGCCCCCUUUCCUCUCCUCAAUGUUAUCCUCAAGCCUGAUCCCAGAUCUGGCAUGCUAAGGCACAACAAUGACCAUAUAGGAGUUGGCAAGACAGCAAAAACAGAUCUGGGACCAGGCUAGACAGUCCAUGUAUUAAGAUAAAGCCUAGUUGUGCCAUUAUACAUGUAUGUUCAGGAUGUUGAUGUGAUAUCCUAUUUGUUAUGAUGAUGACAUUGUAUUAGGGUUGCAAAAUUCCGCUAACAUUCAGAAAAUUCCCCAGUUUUCCAGAAAUUCCUUUUAGAAGAUUCCUGUAAUCAGGAGGGGAUAAGCAGAAAAUCCAGGAAUCCUCCACAGGAAUUUCUGGAAAAUCUGGCAAGCUUUGGAAAGUUAGUGUAGUUUUGCAACCCUACAUUGUAUCUAUGCACUGUACGUUCCACCAGUAUGAUUGCCUCUGACAGGCAGACAGCCAGUGAAUGUGCCUUUGAUGUUGUCUCUGGCUGUGUCCCUGGUUGUGUCCCAAAUAGCACCCUAUUCCAUAUAUAGUGCACUACUUUUGACCAGUGCCCUAUGAGCCCUGGUCAAAAGUAGUGCACUAAAUAGAGUAUAGGGUGCCAUUUGGGAUGCAAACGUAUGUGUACAACGUAUACAGCACAAUAAGGAAGUGACCAACAAUUGAAUGUUUGUUUUAACCAGGGUAUGUAUUGAUAUUUAGCCUACAGUUCUAGCCUAUUGGCCUACAUGCUGUCAGUUCUAUUGCUUGUGUUCCACAUGCAGUAUACUUCCUGGUACAAACUAACACAUGGUACAGGUUGAUAUUAUCAACCCAGGGAUACAGAACCAUAUAAUUAGAAUAUAGAAUUCAUGCAAAACACUACCCACAUAUCCCAAAAUUGUAGUCUAUACAAGAGAAUAGACUUUCGUCUACCUAUUUUAUUUAAGUUUUUAUGAAAUACUCAACCUUUUUAUCAAAGGUUUCGUUCCAUUAUGAUGAUGAUACUGAAGUGAACUUAAAUGUUAACUUGUUGUGCUCUCCUGUACCUUUUUAGGAAGAUACUCCUGUCCUGGCCUUUCUCCCUAGAAAUACCCCCCCCCAGUAGCCUACAUUCAGUCACCAAUAACAUUACAGCAAAUGGGAAAGUAUUUAAAUAAGAUAAACAACACUAACUUAUUUCCAAAUGCCACAGCUGGUCCUUCAGCUUGUUUCAGGUUACUGAUAAGCCACAUCAUCACCAUGGUGGCCAUUUUAUGAUUCCAUCAGCCUAUGUUUCCUUUUUAUCAUUGAACAGUAACUGUCGAGUCUAGCUGCCUGCCUUAAAUGAUGAGUUUUAAUUUGAUACCUGAUACACUGUCAAUCCUCUGUUGUGCCUUAACUAACUUUGUAACUGAGUUUCCAGACCUAGUAAAUCACAUUUACAACUA